AGUAUGCAACGUGUUGAGCAGCUGAACUGCGUCUUCAACUCCUUUGGCCUCAGACUGAGACAAACUUCGCCAAAUUGGAUGCGAAAACAGAAGCUGCCCUUGUUUUUUGGGUGUUUUUGCUGAUUUUUUUUAAAAAUAACUUUUCCUGUUUAUGGUAUUCAUUUUGUUUUCCUUCUUAAAUUUCACUGGACGCUCGCCCCAGAGGACGUAAUGUUGGGGAAUCCCCGAAGAUUCUGGACCUUGUUUCAACUUUCGGAUGAAGUAUUUUGAUUCGUCUUUGUUCAAAAGUGUUUCCCAGCACUUUUUGUACCCCCCCUCCCUCGCGGCAUUUCCUGCUUUUAUGCGUUGUUUUGAUCCCGUCCUCGGGUCCGGAUGAGUAUGCUCCGCUGGCACCGGCUCUCCACGCUCUGGAAGAGCUGGAUGUUCAACCAGGCGCCUGCAGAAGAGCAGGGCCACGUAUCGGAGGCUCAGGGAAAUGAAUGGAGUACAAAUCAGGAUCACAGCUCAGACUCUCAGGAAUUUAAUGACUGCACGACCGAAAACUUGGAUUGUAGGAAUCGACAGUCACUCUCUGAUGACCGGAUUGUGGACUCUGCAGAUGUGAACACUAACACCCAGAAGUCAGACCUACUAAAACGCAGUUGUUCUGAGCCUUGCCCUCCAGUCUCAAGCAGUCAGGAUCAGUUCUCCAGCUGCCUUGAAGAACCUCAGAGCGGUGAAUACCAGCCCCGCAGAAGCUACCACUCUGAGGAGAGUGUCCACUGUGCUUUGCAGGUGGAUAACAACAGCGAAGGGGACGACGGCUUUCUGCAGCGAGAGGGCUCACAGCGAAGGUCCAGGCGGCGCUUCAGGAGAAUCAACCCCAGGGGAGAGCGGGAACUGAUCACAGAUGGCCAGGACCCUGCGAGCUACAACACGGAUUAUGUCAACAACCAGCUUCCUGCCGACCUCAAUAAGAUGCACCUAACGGACCACCCCCACCAGCAGGUGAUGCACGUGCCUCCCAGCCAAUCGGGAUGCAGCAUCGCCAGCGACUCGGGCAGCAGCAGCCUGUCGGACAUUUAUCAGGCCACAGAGAGCGACCUGGGCGACGUGGAUCUUUCUGGACUUCCGGAGGCUGCGGUGGACAGUGAGGAAGAGGAGGAGGAAGAUGAAGACCUGGAGAGAGCGACAGACACUCUUCUGGGUCGAGACCUGGUCCGAGAGUGUUUGGAGAAAGAUCCGACCGACCGCAACGACGACGACAUCGAGCAACUGCUGGAGUUCAUGCACCAGCUGCCCGCCUUCGCCAACAUGACCAUGUCCGUGCGACGGGACUUGUGCAGUGUCAUGGUGUUCGAGGUGGUGGAGCAGGCCGCCACGGUCAUGCUGCAGGACAAGCAAGAGCUCGACCUCUGGUAUGUGAUCUUGAACGGAGCGGUUGAGAUCAGCCAUUCAGACGGGAGAGUGGAGACGCUUUGCAUGGGCAACAGCUUCGGCAUCUCACCCUCGCUGGAGAAGCAGUACAUGAACGGAGAGGUUCGAACCAAAGGAGACGACUGCCAGUUCGUCUGCAUCGCCCAGGAGGACUACUGGCGCAUCCUCAACCAUGUGGAGAAGAACACGCACAAGGUGGAGGAGGAGGGGGAGAUCGUGAUGGUGAAGGAGCACCGGGAGCUCGACCGCAGCGGGACCAGGAAGGGCCACAUCGUCAUCAAGGGAACCCCGGAGCGUCUGAUCAUGCACCUGGUGGAGGAGCCGUCGGUGGUGGACCCCACCUACAUCGAAGACUUCCUGCUGACCUACAGGACCUUCCUGUCGAGUCCCAUGGAGGUCGGCAAGAAGCUGCUGGAGUGGUUCCAGGUGGACAGCCUCAGGGACACGGUGACCAGAAUAGUGCUGCUGUGGGUCAACAACCACUUCAACGACUUCGAGGGCGACCCAGCCAUGACGCGCUUCCUGGAGGAGUUUGAGAAACAUCUAGAAGCAACAAAAAUGAAGGGCCACUUGAGGCUGCUAAACAUCGCCUGCGCCGCCAAGGCGAAGUGGCGGCAGAUCACCCUCCAGAAGGCGUCCAGGGAGUCGCCGCUGUACUUCAACGUGCUGGGAGGCAGCGAGAGGGGCUUCGGCAUCUUCGUGGAUUCGGUAGAGGAAGGAAGCAAGUCGGCAGAGGCCGGACUGAAGCGUGGAGACCAGAUCAUGGAGAUCAAUGGUCAGAACUUUGAGAACAUCUCCUUGUCCAAAGCUGUUGACAUCCUGAGGAAUAACACACACCUCUCCCUCACCGUCAAAACCAACAUAUUCGUCUUCAAAGAGCUACUCAGCAGGAUCAUGCAUGAGAAGAAGAACGGCGGCCCCCACAUUCCCAAGAUCCAGGAGAAAAAGGGCAACCGCUUCUCCAUCCCCGACCUCCCCGGAGACAUGGAGUUCCCCACCGACCACAAGAGCACCCGGAAAAUGAAGGCCAACACCGUGUCAGGAGGACGGAACAAGAUCAGGAAGAUGCUGGAGAAGACGCGCUUCAGCAUCCUGCCACCCAAACCCUUCAGGGGCCUGUUUGGUGACGGCGGCAUGGGCCAGUCUCAGGACGACAGCAUCGUGGGGACCAAGCAGUGCCGCCACAGCGUGGCCAUCAUGCCCAUCCCCGGAAACCUGUCGUCCAGCAGCCCCGACCUGCUGCAGCCGGCGACCAGCGUGCUCGACUUCUCCAACCCCGCAGCCCUGGGACUGUAUUACAUCCCAGACCAGGUGAUCCGGGUGUUCAAGGCCGACCAGCAGAGCUGCUACAUCAUCAUCAGUAAGGACACCACGGCCAAGGAUGUGGUCGCCCACACCGUCAACGAGUUCGGCCUCCUCGCGGCGCCAGAAACCUACUCCCUGUGCGAGGUGUCCGUGAGCCCCGAGGGAGUCAUAAAGCAGCGCCGGCUGCCCGACCAGCUCUCCAAACUGGCCGACCGGAUUCAGCUCAACGGCAGGUACUACCUGAAAAACAACAUGGAGACGGAGACGUUGUGCUCGGAUGAGGACGCGCAGGACCUCCUCAGAGAGAGUCAGAUCUCACUGCUGCAGCUCAGCACCAUGGAGGUCGCCGCCCAGCUUUCCAUGAGGGACUUUGAACUCUUUAGAAAUAUCGAGUCCACAGAGUAUGUGGACGACUUAUUUAAAUUAGACUCCGCCGUGGGAAGUGGCAAUUUAAAGCAGUUUGAGGAAGUGAUCAACCAGGAGACCUUCUGGGUCGCCACAGAGAUCCUGAAGGAGCCCAACGCCCUGAAGAGGAUGAAGACCAUCAAACACUUCAUCAAGAUUGCGCUGCACUGCAGGGAGUGCAAGAACUUCAACUCCAUGUUUGCGAUUAUCAGCGGCCUCAACCUGGCGCCGGUGGCUCGGCUGCGGAGCUCGUGGGAGAAAUUGCCCAGCAAGUACGAGAAGCUGUUCGGCGACCUGCAGGACGUGUUCGACCCGUCCAGGAACAUGGCCAAGUACCGCAACGUGCUGAGCAGCCAGAGCAUGCAGCCCCCCAUCAUCCCGCUGUUCCCCGUGGUCAAGAAGGACCUCACCUUCCUGCACGAAGGAAAUGACUCCAGUGUCGACGGUCUGGUGAACUUUGAAAAGCUGCGGAUGAUUGCGAAGGAGAUCAGGCACGUGGUGCGGAUGACCUCGGCCAACAUGGACCCCGCGCUCAUGUUCAGACAGAGGAAGAAGAGGUGGAAGAGUUUAGGGUCCCUGAGUCAGGGCAGCACCAACUCCAACAUGCUGGACGUUCAGGGCGGCGCCCACAAGAAGCGAGUGCGCCGCAGCUCGCUGCUCAACGCCAAGAAGCUGUACGAGGACGCUCAGAUGGCCAGGAAGGUGAAGCAGUACCUCUCUAAUCUGACAGUGGAGACGGAUGAGGAGAAGCACCAGAUCAUGUCCCUGCAGUGUGAGCCAGCUUACCACACCUUGUCGAAGAACCUGAGUGAGAGGCGAUCGACCAAGUCGGACAUGUCUCCAGUGUCUCUACGAUCGGCUCUGCCAUCCGGGAAGGCACAGAACAGGGUGUCACAGGUCCUUCAGGUCCAGGUCCCGCUGAACCCCCUCCGGAAGAAAAGCACUGCCAAGGACAUCGGCACCCCCAACUCCAACUCGCCCCAGGUGGCGAAGAAGCCUCCAGGCAACUCCUCCGAGGAGUGGAGCAGCAAGAGACCGUCGGACGACACCGUGUCCUCCAUCUCCUCCCUUCACUCCAGCCCCACGGUGUCACCUCAGGGUUCCCCACGCAAAGUGGGAGGCGUGGCCAAGUCCCAGAACUCCGGCCAGAUGAACCUGUCGGGAUCCUCGUCUUCCUUGACCAGCGAUGCCAGCACAAAGACGGGUACCGUCAGCCUGCGCAGCUACGGCAUAGGCUAUGCCCUCCUUCCCGCCGGUAAGGCAGACAACCUGUCGGACUCGAGCCACAGCGAGAUCUCCUCGCGCUCCAGUAUCUGCUCGGUGGACUCGGUGCCGGCUCCCGGGCUGGACGACCGGUGCAGCAGCAACAACAGGAGCUGCACGUCCGCCGCCGCCCCCUCCGUCACCUCGGCCGCCGCUGCCGCCACGACGACAACGACGACGUCUGCGGUCGCUGAGAGCUCGGCGGCGACUCACGCACACUUAAAUGCUGAUUACAGUCAGCCCAGCACAAGUAAUUCUUCAUCGCCAGCUCGAGGACACGUCACCCGAGGUUCCACCUUCACCUCCUCCAUCUCUACGGAGGAGCUGACCCCGGACCACACCUCCCUUGACAGCGGCCGCGGCAGCUGGACGUCCUGCUCCUCCAACUCCCACGACUCCUUCCAGAGCCUCCCCGUCUCCUCCUGCCGGCCCUGGGACCACGGCAUCCAUGGCCUCCCGCACACGCACUUGGGCGGCUUCAAGCACACGCAGCUGUCCCGGCCGAUCGCCGAGGUGGAAGCCGCCGCCGCCGCCCCCACACCCGCGUGGGCGACGAACGACGACGCCUCCAAGCAGCACACCAGAAACUCUAGCUCAGAUCUGUCCAAUCAGUCGCGGCAGAGCUGGGCCUCGUCCAGCUCGCUGUCCGACACCUACGAGGGGAAUUAUGGGACGAUAAAGCGGAGAAACACCUCGGAGAACCCCUCCUCGCCGGCCCACGAGGAUGGAGGGCAAAGCACAGAUCCGGCCUACAAAACGGUGACAUCAAGCACAGAAAAGGGCCUGAUAGUGUACUGUGUCACGUCCCCUGCCAAGGAUGAGCGUUACCGAGCUCCCCCUCCCACCCCUCCAGGCUACCAAGGUCUGGCUCUGGGGGACCUCGGCCUCACAGACGGAGUAGUAGGUGGGCCCGGAGGUCAGCUCCCCCGACCCCCUCACCUCAGGCCUCCCGAUUACAGCGUGGCGCUGCAGAGGAGCAAACUCCUGCAGAGCCCCGGAGCGGCCGGCGGCCUGGCCGAGGCGCGGAGGCUGGCCGGCGGCCUGCACCUCCAGCAGCAAGACGGCCGGGCGGGCUGCUCCAGGCCGCCCAGCAUCUGCCUCCCUCCGCAGGACCUGGCCGACAGCGAGGACGAUGAACAAGUCUCAGCGGUGUAGAAACGAACAACCCUCUCUCACACACACACACACACACACACACACACACACCCACACACACGUCCUGACACUCGGACCAAGUCGUGCUGACCGGGUUUCGGACUGAGUGAGCAGCCCGCUGUCAUUACGAGUCAGAGCACAUCCUCCAAGCCCCGCCCCCGGCCCGCCUGAGUGACGGCACGCUCACGUGACCACUCCCUCCUCUUUUUAAACCAGUCUCACGAAGAAGAACGAUUUUAGAUACUCUAUAAAAAAAACUUUGGUGCGAUCGGAUCACAUCGCACCAGGACAGAACAAGAAGAAGGAAAGCGACAGUGAUGAGAAGAAACAGACCACCUCGUACCUCCAUUCAGCGCUUCAAGCUCUCGUGUCUCAAAGUGUUUUGUAUUGUUUAUACAGAUGUUGUACAGUUGUUCGUUCUUUUUGUCUUUCUUUUUUUUUGUGAUUACUUUCUCUUCUGUUCAGCUGCUUUUGCAAAGUGUGGGUGUGAGGAGGAGCAGACAAAGGGACAGAAAGCAGUCGUCGGGUGUGAUAUUGAGCUCGUCAGGGUUUUGUAUCGAUGUUUCGCAAACGGCCGUCGGCUCAAAAAGAUGAAUGUAAAUGAUUAAAAAAAAAAAGUCAUUUUGAGAUUAUUUUUAGGAUUCACUCUGAAAACAGCUCGAAAGUCCUCUGAAGCAGGGGUGUCAAACUCGGCCACAUACAAUCUCUACUAAUUCAUCUCAGUUUCAGCACAUCUGUAAUCUGGAAAUAAAACAAAUCCAGAAUAUUAAUCUUGUCGUUGAGCUUUUCAGUGCAGGCAUGGCUUCCAUCUGUUUCUGUAUUAUAUUAGUUUUACAAAAAGCAGCGGGUCCAAAUCAAAAAACUGUUGUGAGAAUAAUUUCCGCUGCUAUCAUUGUUUUAAUUUUUACAUUCUGUGAAGUAGUUCCCGAGACGCACAGCGGGCCGGUUUCGGCCCGCCGACCACAUGUUUGCCACCCCUGCUCCAGAGCCACCGAGAGCCCCUCGCCAUGUUUUCCCACUCUUUGCACAGACAGUGGAAAAUGAGAACUUGAGCGCCGCAGAGCAACUGGGAGCUCGUUUGUUUGUGUUUAGCACUUAUUGGACUGAGAUUUCCUAAAAACACACACACACACACACACACACACACACCCUCCCCUACCCCAGCUGCUCGUCCUGUCGGUACUUUAGCGGCACGCUGCCUCCGAAAACCUGUAUUCUAACUUGUUUUAUCAACGAGCCGAAGAACAAAAAGCCUCCUGUACGGUAGAACGCCCCGACGUUCCUUCUGCGGCAGCGGGCACAGCAAAACGAUAAAUCACCGCGAUGAGCAUGCACACACACACACACACACACGCACACACAGGCAUGCCGAAAUUCUGUGCAGGUGUGCACAGAAAGCAAGAGCAGUGUUUACACCCGUGCUUACACACUUCUGUUUACAGUGUUUCUAUGAAUCCAGCUGAACGCGUUCAGCCGACCCUGUAAAGUCUCUUCAGGAAGAUGCGGACCCGCUCAGCCUGCGUAGCCCUCUCAUCCGCCGCCGUGCUCUUGUAGGAUAUUUAAAAGGAUGUGCUUGAAAUUAGUUUUUAUUUGUAUCGAAAGACGGAAAGCAAAAUUUGUACAUUUGAAACGGGAAAGGUGUUUUUUUUUUAUCUGCGGUUCCGGCAGGGGCGUAACUGGAAAACUCCGCGCUCUUCUUCUCCUCCUCCUGCUGUUGUCCUCGUGCUCUGUGACGCUUCUUUUGUUUAUGUUUUGUUGCCACACCAAGACUUGAAAUGAUUGAUGCUAAUAUAUACAUGGCAUAUAUUAUAUAUUAUAUAAAUAUAUAUGAAUUUAUACAUAUAUAUUUUUGUUGUUUUCUUUUGCCAUAAAUUAAUGUCAACUGAUCAUGUAUAGAUGAGAGAAGAGUCCUCUAUAAAGGCUAUUUUUGAAUAUUUUGUUAUAAGAAAUAAUCCAAGGUUGUGAUUGCCCUUUUCCUUUUUUUUUAAGGGGGUGGCAGGAAUCUUUAAAGGAAUUUUUGUUUUUGUUGAUUUUGCUUGGUUUUGACCCAUUUUCUCCCCUCACUCUGUUGUUGGUGCCAUUUCUGCUCUCCUGAGUGUAAAUGCUGCUGUGUUUUUGGGAUGCGGUGUGUGAGGGUAGGAUCAACAUUGUGUUUGUGAUGGAGCGUGUGGUGUGGGCGCUCGGUUUUGCUUUCGCGCUAGCUCUAGUAUAGAGGGACUGAGGGGACUUUUGAAGAUCUUCUGGACGAACCAGAACAAGCGUAGCGUCUCGGUUUCUGCACGUUCUUCCCUGCGGGACUUUCAGACUCUUAACUCUCCUCCUCUCUGAGCUCAUCCGAUGGAUUUCGCUCCAACAGAUCUUUAUAAAAUCACCCACUGUGAACAUCAGGAUCCUUCCUUCUUGAAAACAAUGUUGACAAAACCUACAGACUGAGUGUCAGAAACUGACAAUCCUUUUUUUUUUUUUUUUUUUUGCACAACUAUAUUCCUCAGACUCUUUAACCACAAAUCAGUAUUAACGCUUUGCAUUGACCGUUUGUUUGUUAAUGCUACGUCCACUUGUUUGCAAGGAUGACAGGAAUAGAGAAAGUUUGGAAUUGUAGUGAAACUAAACAUUUUGGCUCCAUUUUUUUUUUCUCUGCACAAACAGAUUCAGGAGUCCGGUGAUUUUUCUCUCACACUCCAGUAGUUGAACUCCAACAACGAUCUCCCUUCAGGGCUGAAUGUCAUUUGCGUUUACCUCCUCUUUCGCCCUCAUUUACAUAUAUUCAGUUGGUCUUCAUGGGGUAUUUGAACAGCUUUCAACACGGCGGGCACAACAUGUCAGUGUUUCUACAACUGGAGAAAAUUAAAACAUAAAAAAAAAAGACUUUGAAAUGCCCCCAAACCCCUCUGUGAUUGUAAUUUUACCCCCCCCCCCCCCACCUUCCUCCUCCCCCCACCCUCCUGUUAUGGGUAUCUGGAAUGCAAUAAGAGAGAUGUGAAUGUGUUUUAUGUCGACAUCUUUUGGCAUUAUGGCAGAAAUGCACAACAAUAAGCUUCAAUGUGGUGAGUGAGCUGCACAAUCUGUACAAAGAGGUAUUAACCUGGUCUGUGGCUUAACGUUUGCUUUCGUCUCACACUUCUAGCUGUUGUAACUUAUGUCUUUUAGAAAGACAACCUGAUUUGGCUCGUAUGCUUUUUAUGUAUUUUUUACAAGUGAUUGUAAAUAGUUGUUAUAUUUUUGUUUAAGAGAAUGUUUAAAAA